AUGGCGGCGCCCAGGGCAAAGAAGAAAAAGAGAGAGAGGGUGUUAAAAAGCAAAGUAACUACUGAUCCAGAUUCUGUAGAAACUGAUUGUGCUGCUUAUGUUCUCACCAGUUUCCCUUACAUACUACAAAACAUAUUUGAAAAUUUCUCAGCUAGAAGGCUUACUAGCUGUUCACGUGUAUGUAAAAUUUGGAAGGAAAUAGCAGAUAGAGUUUUAAAAGCCCGUCCUCCAUUCUAUUGGGAUUAUUUUACCGAGAAUGAAAAGGAAGCUAACAAGGCUGGGUUCAACGAUCCUAUAUUUUAUAUGUUAGCUGAGAUAGCCAAGUCAAUAAAGAUGUUUGCUGAUAGAAUAGAGGAUUACGCUACACACGGCACGGAAGAUUUUGUAUCGGACAUAGAAUGGAGACUCAGUGAUUUGGAGGAUCCUUUAGUAAAUUCGAAGGAGUUAUUCCCCCCUGGAAGAACAAAUGAUAGAUUAAAGAGAAACCAUUUUAAUCUUGUUGAAUGGAUUACUUAUCAGAUGUCGAUGGAAUGCCUUGUUUCAGCAGUUGUAACCGAUGGUGUAAUAGGAACACCUUGGGAUAGCAGUGGUAGUUCAUAUGAAACCGAAUGUGACAGGCAACAUUGGGAUAUAUUUAAUACUGACCUUGAUGUGAAGAAAAUUAUGUUUUUUAGAGAUGAUGAAGCAAAUGGGGAUGUUGCCUUGGCAUUGUGUGAGCAGUAUGAAGGGCAGGCAUUAGUAGCCGGUGCUGUCGUUAACUCAGUGCAGUUUCCUGUACUUGCAAAGGGUUCUGGAGAGAUUAUUAUAAAAACUUGUUGUAUAGCGUUUUGUGGUCAGAAUGUAAGAGUAGCAUCUGUGGUGAUAGACUCUGUAACCAGAAUUUCCGAACUGGAGGAUUAUAUGAAAGAACUUAAAUCACAUGGACUUCCAGAAGAAAAAUCAAUCGCGUUUAUGUAUGCUUCCGUCUGCCACGGCUAUAAUCAAUAUCAAAAAGACAAUGUACAAUCAAAAUGUUUUCGGAAAUAUUUUCCAAAGACUCCAUUAUUUGGAACAUUUGUAAGGGAAGGAAUCGGAUCUACAGGAUCAGUGCCAGAACCUCCUGAAAUUGAUGAAGAUUUCGAUAUUUGGUUCACCUACCGUGAUGAGCUUUAUUCAAAAUUAUACCAUCAAUAUAAAUCUAUACUGUGCUUGGUUUCAUUUCAAUGA